AGAAUGUAAAACUCCGAGCGGUAAAUGAGCAACUGCUAUAGCUUGACGGACCUCAGAACUCACUGACUUGCGUUCAUAGUUGUCAUCCGAUCUACGUCGACGAUUAUUGGGACGUCAUUUUUCAAACCAAGAACUGCUGCAGCCUGCAACAUGCUGAGAUAUUACGACCCUCUCGAGGUUUGAAACUGGUUUAGGUCGACGCAAUCUGUACCGAUCAGAACAACCUCAAAGAAAGGGCUAUGCAAGUGGCCAAGAUGGGUCAAAUCUACUCGAGAUGCUCGCAAGUAUGGGCUUGGAUGGGCAAUGAUUUGGUACCAGAUGACCUACAAGGCUUUCCAGAGCGACAACGGCUUCAUGAGCUUGGAACAAUGUCAAGCCAUGCUGUGUUGUCAUCGGAAAACAUCAUGAGCACGGAGUCGCGACGAAAGAACGCUGAUAUGCAUAUUUUGCAACUGUUGAAGCGAAAGUAUUUCGGCCGAGUUUGGGUCAUACAGGAACUAGUGCUUGCCCCGCGUGUUCUCAUUAUGAUUAGGAAUGUGAUCUUCGCAGCGGAUCAUGUCACAGCUCGCAAGCUGACAAGGCCAGAGAACGAGUUGGCAAACACGCGCAAGCUUUCUUGGAACGACACGGAAGCCCCUUGGUUCAAGUAUAUUGCCCAAUGACGUAUCGACGGCUCGGAUCUCUGGGAAAUAAUGGCAUUGACCGGAAAAUCAGACGCUUCAGACUUUCGAGACAAGCUGUACGGCAUUCUCGGUCUCCUAUUCUUGGAAAGUAAUAGGAACCCGUUGCAACCCAAUUCCGCCAUUUCAGCUCGUCAGAUGCUCAUUAGGUUCUUUGCGCACUGCUUGGUCAACGAGAGAAAACUCCAGCUCUUCUUUAUGGCCCAAGGCCAUGCUGCCCACGAGGGUAUAUCUUGGAUUCCUGCUUGGGAGACGCAAAAAUCCUGGGAACAGGUAUUCGUGGAGCCAUCCGAGCUGGCGUAUAAUCGCGAAUUCAAAAGCGGCGAUGCCGAGAAUCGUUCGUAGAAACCGGAAGUACGAUGAUUCCAUGAGAAGAGGAUUUCAUGUCGCCAUGUCGAGCGGAGCCACAAGGCUUCCUGUUAACAGACGAAUAGCUGAAUUCAAGGCGGGA